GUCGUUAACGAAAAGGUCACACAGAAAGUCGAUCAUUCUAUUAAGCACAGUCAUUAGGAUAAGACAGAUAAAUCUUUAGCUUUAGACAUGGAUCUGCUUAGUGCAAGGUUGUACGCAAUGAUAAUUCUUUUGGUAACGCACGCUCAUGCUGGACAAACUGAAGAGAAACAGCUGGAACUUCUAAGUGAAAACUACGUUAAAAUGCAAGAAAUGUUUAAAGAGCAAGCCACCCAAUUGGAAGAGCUGAAGAUUAGAGUUCAACAACAGGAGUCGGUUAUUAAUUCCAUGCAGAGAGACAAGUCGAUUGAAAUGGACUACAAGUCAGCCGGAAUUAUCAAUGCUACCCUUAGGCAAGGGACAUCAAGAAUUCCGCGAUCCUGUGCGGAUUUGAAAAAUUUGGGUCACACUUUCAACGGAAUCUAUUCCAUCGUCGGCGCUAAAUUUAUGGAAACCGUUUUCUGUGACUUUUGCAAAACACCAAGCGAUCCCGGUUUCCAGACGUGGAUAGGAUUUGAUGAUGUGAAAUCAUCACCCACAUACUUCACGGUGCAGAGAUUUCAAAACUUUCGCCAACAAGAUGUUCCCAUUCCGUGCGAUGUCGAACUUCUGAAUGUGGGAGGGGCUAUGAAUGCACAGACGGGAAAAUUCACAGCUCCGCGAGCGGGAACCUAUUUCUUCUCCUUUGUCGGAUGGGCCUACUUUUCACCAUCUACUUCCCAGGUCAACAUCAACGUAGGACUGUUUCUGAACGGGAACAGCAUCGGCCGAGGUCACGCUGAUGAAAUGACCAACAAUUUGCAAAUUGGUGAUCAAUACGAAACGUUCACUCUUCAAUCAACUCUCAAUCUGCAAGCGGGAAAUCAAAUCUGGUUACAGAUGUUCGGCUCGUCAUCUGGCGCGCUUCUGACUGGCAGUUACGUCACUACCUUCACUGGGUUGUUGCUGCAAGAGGAAAUUUCCCAAUCUGUCAAAGUGUGACAGAGACAAAACACAAUCAAUGUAAACUGCAAUACAAUUUGAGAAAGAAACAUAAAA